CAAUAAUACGCUUUCUCUUUAUUUUAAAUAUAUACCGUUCACCAUGAUGAAAUCCUACACUGUCUUUUGUCUCACUGCCGUUUUGGUCAUGGCUCAAGUAUCGAUGGCUGCUGUUUUCUCUCAGCUACAAUUUAUCAAAAUCAAGACUCCUCAGGAAGGUCAAACCGUAAGGCCUGGUGAAACUCUCAAUAUCGAAUAUGAAGUUCAGCCUAUUAUUUUCAAACAAGUCUCCAAAGGCUAUACAAAGUCUUUAGAUAUCACUUUCCAUAGACAUGUAAACAGCACUACGGGUGGCCCACAAAUGUUGGAAGUACAACCUAUUUGUUCUAGAUGUAAGAUUAGUAUCGAAGGUGUACAAGUGCCUGAAACCCAUUUCGCUACCUAUACUGAAAGUUGGACUGUUCCCGAAAAUCUUCCUACUGGUCCUUAUGCCUUUGACUUCUCUGAACUUGUCCAACUUCGUCGUGGUGAAAUGUCUGCCUCUCAGACCGUUGUGGUGAAUGUUGCUGGCAAAGAUGAUAAAGAUGAUGAAAAUGAUGACGAUGACGAGUAAAUACUAGACUUUUUCUUCGUUAUUAUUAUUAUUAUUAUAUCUUUUUCUACGUUCAUGAAGCGUUGAGAAUCUCUUAGUUGCCCGCCAGCAAGACUAUAUUCGAUCACCCUUACUCUUCUACUAUUUUUGUCUUGAAUGGUUUGUCUUUCUUCACCCACAGCACUCGCUUAUAUGAUGUACUUAUCAAAAGACUACACUUAAUACUCUUUCCUUACUUUUCGGCCCAUUAUCUAUUUUGUACAGCGUAAUUUUUUAUCUAUCACCUUGUAAAGAAGGUAUCACAUCCAUUAUCGGUUAAUAAACUGUAACAUAAAAUAUCGAUCUCAUUACAAUGAUAACGGUUUGGGAAAGGGAGACAUAUAUACUCAAUUUUUGAUCACUUUUUGA